AUGGGCAUUUUCAAGAGAAGGGAACAACGAACACCUCCAGAUGGAUUGAAGCCUGACACAACACUCAUCAGGCCUGCCUCCACGGUCGACCUCAUCUCAAGCUACUCACACAAGUCCCCGAAGCUCGUCGGCGGAAAGUCGUUCUCUCCAAACAUGGCAAACGUCUUACCCGAAACCCCCAUCCCGGAACCGCCAGAUCCAGCUAUCAAGCCGGCAGCCUAUCUUCGAAGCAUUCAUGCCGUCCGAGCAAGAACGAAACUGGUUCUCGAGGAGGCCAAAGUGAACGCCCUAAAUCACUUCACAGUUGACAUGUCCAAAUUCAAGGAUACUGCAGAUUAUGUCGUGUCUAUCAUUAAGCGCGACUUCGCGGGAGACUAUGCUUCUAUUCCUCCCCAUGGCCGGUGGCAACAUUUUGAGGUCGGGGGAAGACCAAGGGUCACACAACUGCUGCAGUCAUGGUCAACUUCCAUCGACAACCAAGAGCGGACCCGUCGACUAAUCGACUUGUUCCUGGUCUCGGUCCUCCUAGAUGCAGGAGCCGGCAAUAAGUGGUCUUACAAGUCCAAGGAGUCUGGUAAGGUAUACGCCCGAAGUGAAGGGUUGGCCGUGGCUAGCUUGGAGAUGUUUAAGGCUGGCGCCUUCAGCAGUGACCCCUCUCAACCUCAUCAGGUGGAUGCUGCUGGUUUGAGUAAAGUGACAGUUGAGACAUUGGCGCGAGGUAUGCAAGUGUCCGACGCGAACCCAAUGUCUGGGCUUGAGGGCCGAGCUGGCCUGCUCAUCAGAUUGAGCACCGCGCUUCAGAAGAAUGCCGAGAUGUUCGGCGUGGAUCCUCGGCCGGGAAACAUGAUCGAUUACUUGAUGUCGCAUCCGACAACUCAAGCGGCCUCAGUUCCUGUCGUCGUAUUACCUACUCUCUGGAGUGUCCUCAUGGAUGGGUUGUCAGAUAUCUGGCCUGCCACUCGAACCGCGAUUCAAGGGCUACCGCUCGGAGACGCCUGGCCUUGUCAAGCUAUGCCCAAGUCCCCUCCAGCUCAACCCUGGGAGACGAUUGUGCCCUUCCACAAGCUGACGCAAUGGCUGUGUUACUCCUUAAUGGUUCCGAUGACCAAGCUACUCAACGUACAUUUUGCCGGCGCUGAACUGAUGACUGGCCUUCCGGAGUACCGCAAUGGAGGUCUGUUGGUCGAUACUGGAUUACUUACUCUGAAAGAAGAGGACCGGCAGCAGGGCUUGAAAAACUAUCAUCAAAUGGUCGGCAACGGGAAUGCUGUUGAGGUCGUCCCGACCUUCGAAGCAGGUGAUGAUGUGAUCGUCGAGUGGCGUGCUGUUACCGUGGGAUUCUUGGACGAGCUUCUCGUCGCUGUCAACAAAGGUCUCGGACUACAAGGAGCAGAACAGCUAACUUUGGCACAAAUGCUCGAGGCAGGAACUUGGAAGGGAGGACGAGAGAUUGCGCAGGUGUCACGGCCCAUUACUGGAGGACCGCCCAUUGGUAUCAUCUCUGAUGGGACCGUAUUCUGA